AUGGUCACAUCGUCAGCGUACAUUGAGACAUUGACUCCGAUCCUACGUGGCAGAAUUGCGGAUACAUCCAUUGCUGCUGCUGCUUUUGCUGCUGCUGCUGCUGCUGCUGCUGCUACUGCUGCUGCUGCUGCUGCUGCUGCUGCUGCUAUUCAAACCCAGGACCGCACAGGCACAACGCUAGCUCACCCGAACAGCGUACUAUGA